AUGGCCCAGGACAGCGAUGUGCCAAAGCCGGCGGCGGCUGCUGAUAAGGGGAAGGGCAAGGCCGUGGAUGAUGUCAAAGACGACAAGGCUGUCGCGGACGGCAAGAAGGAGGACGACAAGAAGGAUGCUGCCGAAGAGGAGCUCAAUGAAGAGGACCAGCAGCUCAAGAGCGAGCUAGACAUGAUGGUGGAGCGUUUAACAGAAUCCGAUAGUUCCCUCUACAAAUCCGCUCUUGAAAUGAUGAAGAGCGCAAUCAAGACCUCCACAUCGUCCAUGACAGCAGUACCGAAGCCGCUCAAGUUUCUCCGACCACACUACGAGACCCUGACCAAGCUGUACGAAGAGUGGCCCAGCGAUGAGAACAAGGUAUCACUAGCCGAUGUUCUGUCAGUUAUCGGCAUGACCUUCUCCGAUGAAGAUAGACAAGACACACUCAAGUAUCGACUCUUGGCCCCCACGACCGACAUUGGAUCAUGGGGCCACGAAUACGUCCGGCACUUGGCUCUCGAGAUCGGCGAGGUGUACAGCAAGCGCAUCACGGCCGAUGAGCCCACCAAGGACCUUGUCGACCUGGCGCUGAUUCUGGUGCCGCUCUUCAUCAAGAGCAACCAGGAGGCUGAUGCCGUGGAUCUGAUGAGCGAGCUGGAAAUCAUUGAGGAGAUUAGCAAAUUUGUCGACGAGAACUCCUACCCCAGAGUGUGCCUGUACAUGGUCACCAUGGUGAACUUGUUGACAUAUCCCGACAACGAGACCUUCCUCCGUGUUGCCCACGACAUCUACAUCACCCACAAGCAGUUUACCCAGGCGGUUAUUCUUGCCAUUCGAUUGCACGACAUUGACCUGCUCCAGGAAGACUUCGACAAGGCGGAAGAUCCCAUACUCAAGAGGCAGCUGGCCUUUUUGAUUUCACGCCAGAAGGUUGUCAUGCCCAUGGUUGAAGAUGGUGAGGGCGAUGAUCAGGAACUGUUCGAGUGCCUACACAACAUCAAGCUGUCAGGAUAUUUCAAGGGUCUGGGCAAGGAACUCAACAUCCUCGACCCCAAGUCCACCGAAGAUAUCUACAAGAGCCAUCUGGAGAGCAGUCGAGUGGCUGGAAUGACCAAUUUGGACUCUGCCAGGCAUAACCUUGCCGCCGCCUUCGUCAAUGCGUUUGUCAAUGCUGGAUUCGGCAACGACAAGAUGAUGCUCGUCGACUCCCAGAAGGAGGCUUGGGUGUGGAAGACCAAGGGUGAGGGCAUGAUGUCAACUGUUGCCUCCCUCGGCACCCUGUUGAUGUGGGAUAUUGAGAACGGCCUCGACAGCGUCGACAGGUACACUUACGCCACUGAGCCGGAGAUUACGGCCGGUUCUAUGCUUGCCAUUGGUAUCAUGAACUCGGGUGUUCGACUGGAAUCUGAGCCAACCAUUGCGCUUUUGGGAGACGCUGACAAGCUGCACCAUGAAAAUCCCCUUGUCCGCACUGGUUGCCUGAUGGGUCUCGGAUUGGCCUAUGCUGGAUCCAACAAGGAGGACGUCAUUGACCUGAUCAUGCCCAUGAUUGUUGACUCAAAGGAGGAUAUGCAAAUCUCGGCUAUGGCAGCGUUGGCUUGUGGCCUCAUUGCAAUUGGCACAUCUCACCCCGAAGUGAGCGAGGCUAUCGUGACGACACUGAUGGAUGAGGAGCGUAAGAACCAAUUGACUGACAAGUGGACGAGAUUCCUGGGUCUUGGCCUGGGACUGCUCUUCUUUGGUCGUCAGGAAGAGGUGGAUGUUAUCUUGGAGACGCUCAAGGCUGUGGACCACCCCAUGUCCAAGCCUACAGCUGUUCUGGCCGAGAUUUGUGCCUGGGCCGGUACCGGUGCUGUCCUGAAGAUCCAGGAGCUUUUGCACAUUUGCAAUGAGCACCAAGAAGAGUCGGACGAUAAGAAGGGCGACGAGCUUCUGCAAGCGUACGCGGUCCUGGGCAUUGCGCUCGUGUCAAUGGGAGAGGACAUUGGCCAGGAGAUGGUCCUGAGACAGUUUGGUCAUCUCAUGCACUACGGCGAAGCCAACAUUCGUAAAGCUGUGCCUUUGGCUAUGGGCUUGAUCAGCCCGAGCAACCCGCAGAUGAAGGUCUACGACACGCUGUCAAGAUACAGCCACGACAAUGAUCCGGAGGUGGCCAUCAACGCCAUCUUCGCCAUGGGUAUGCUGGGUGCGGGCACCAACAACGCUCGAUUGGCUCAACUACUCCGACAGCUUGCAAGCUACUACCACCGAGACCAAGACGCCCUGUUCAUGGUCCGCAUCGCACAGGGUCUCCUGCACAUGGGCAAGGGAACGCUCUCCUUGAACCCGUUCCACUCCGACAGACAGGUGCUCUCCCCCGUCUCAACCGCCGGCCUGCUGACCACCAUCAUUGCCAUGCUCGACCCCAAGGACUUUAUCGCCUCCAACUCGCACUACCUCCUCUACUUCCUUGUUCCUGCCAUGCACCCCAGAUUCCUCGUCACGGUAGACGAAGACUUGAACCUCCUGAAGGUCAACGUCCGUGUAGGUCAGGCAGUCGACGUUGUCGGCCAGGCUGGUCGGCCCAAGACCAUUACCGGUUGGCAGACACAGAGCACACCGGUGGUGCUUAGCUACGGCGACCGAGCGGAGCUGGAGGACGAGGAGUACAUUAGCCUUAACAGCACCCUCCUGGAAGGCAUAGUGAUUCUGCGAAAGAACCCCGAAUGGCAAGCGGAGCAAUAA